AUGUCUAGGGACAGAUUUAGUGCUCUAAUGGCAAUGAUUCAUGCUGUGGACUCAUCUGCGGAAGGGGUUGGGAAGUUGGGAAAGGUACAGUCUUUUAUUGAUUACUUCAAAGAUAAAUGCACAAAGCUGUAUCAACCUUCGCAACAUAUUGCAAUUGAUGAGCGAAUGGUAAAAUCUCGACACAGGUCUGGGAUCCGCCAAUACAUAAAGGACAAACCAACCAAAUGGAGGAUAAAACUAUGGAUUUUAGCAGACAGUCUGAAUGGGUAUACAUACAAUUUUGAUGUAUACAUUGGUCGUGAUGCUGCUAGAAAUGUUAGUGAGCAUGGUCUUGGCUAUGAUGUUGUCAUGAAACUAAUUGAUCCAUUGCUUCAUCAGGGAUAUCAUUUGUUUAUAGAUAAUUUUUAUACAUCAAUGCAACUUGUAAAAGAUCUUUUUCAGCUUGGUGUAGCAGUCACUGGUACUGUAUCUGAGAACUGGAAAGCUUUUCCAGAAACACUCAAAAAUGGGAAACAGUGGGCUAAGAAAAAGGAAAGGAGGGUUAUGCGGUGGGAAAGGGUUGGUCCGGUAUUGGCAUUACAAUGGAAGGAUAACAAGGUAGUUUCCAUGUUAACCACUAUUGAUAAUGCCAAUGACUCAGUACAGGUACCCAGGAAAGCAAAAACAGACAAUGUCUGGAGAAAUAUUCUUGUUCCACAGCCACUGACCAUAAAACGGUACAAUGCCUACAUGAAUGCGGUUGAUCGCUCUGAUCAAAUAUUAGCAACUAAUAAUGUCAUSAGAAAAUGUCGAUGCGAUGUGGGAGUGCGCAGAAGCCCCAUUGAGAAAAAUYGCUCUAGUAACCUGGAAAGAUCUGAAGACACUACAGCUGGAUAUGCCUCCAGUACACCAGUACCUUAUGACUAA